AUGACUCUCACCGAUCCGUUUCCUGAAACACAUGCGUUGAUCGCACUACUGCCAGAGACGAGCCACAGCCUAAAGAUGCCUCUACUGUACCUGUCGACCCGCCAGACAGAGUGGCCCAUCUACCAGUCUCUACAUCGCAACAUCUACCCAAUAUGCUUCCUCUUCGUCUUUCUUCUUCGCUACACCCGCGUUCUUGUUAGUCUAUACGGCACCUAUAGAUACCGGCCUACACCUAUACCGCUCAACCCCACAUACCACAUCAACGAUGUCACAGUCAUCAUACCCACCACAGACCUCAUGUCCGUAACACUGCAUCACGUUGUCCGCUCCAUACUCAACCAAAACGUACCCAAGCUCAUCAUCGCAACCGCCGGCACACAAGCCGCAGAACAAUUUCGCUCUUUCCGAGCUCUAUUCCCAGAGAGCAAGGUCGUGGUGGCCCAUCGCGUCAAGGCCUCACGCCGGGAACAAACAGCCCAAGCCCUCAAGCAAGUCGAAACGCGCCUCGUCAUCCUGCAGGACGACCACACAUACUGGCCCCAAUCCGCGCGCUUCAUCGCUUCCGUGAUCGCACCUUUCGAAGACACCAAAGUCGGAGCUGUCAGCGCUGACCUGCAAGCUCGGCACCGCGGACACCCCUUCUCCUGGCCCGGAUUCUGGAACUUCAUGGGCAUGACCUACCUGAUGCGCCGUUCCUACGAGUACCGCGGCACCUACGGCAUCGACCGCGGCCUCUCAACGUUACCAGGCCGUUUCGGCGUCUUCCGCACGACUAUCUAUGCAUCGCCCGAGUUCCUAAACGGAUACCUAAACUCGUACAUGCCUUUCAAAACCGAACCUCUUAACUCCGAUGACGACAAAUUCCACACCCGCUGGCUGAUUGAGCAUGACUGGAAAAUGGGUCUGCAAGCUGGUCCCGAUAGCGUUAUGACGACGGAACUGGGCGAGUGGCCCAAGUUCAUGAGUCAAGUACUCCGCUGGACACGCACGACUUGGCGGAAUAACCCCGCGCAGUUGAUGGGCAGGCUGACGUGGGUGCGUCAUCCCUUCAUGAGCUGGAGUCUGCUCAUGUGGUUCUUCCGUCAAUCGCUCACACAGGAAUCGUGUAUGUACAUGACGCUUCGUGCUUCGCUGAAGCAGUACGGAAAGGCUGAGUACUUCCCCAUCAGCGCAUCCGCGCUCACGCUCUGGAUCCUGUCGUUCAAGUUUGUCAAGAUUCUGGAACACUUUCGCAAACAUCCUGCCGAUGUUGUGUAUUUCCCCGCGUAUCUUUUGUUUGGUCAUUUGCAUGCGUUUGUCAAGAUUUACGCGUUGCUGACUUGUAUGAAUGCGAGUUGGACUACGGCGGAGAAGGUGAAUGGGAAUCUGGGGAAGGGAAAGACACCGCAGUCUGAGUCGAAGGCGCGCUCUGUUCAUUCGGUAAAGACAGAGGACGGGGUAGCGGAAGACAAAAGCCAGGAAUCGCCUUCGAAGCAGGUUGCUUUGGAUGUACCUCCAGCCGUUCAAGAGAGGCCAAAGCGGCCGGCUAUGUUUGUGCGCAGGUCGCGGUAUUAUUCUCAAGCGCCAGGCGGUAUACUUCAGCGAGAUGCUCUCCACAACCGUUUUGAAACCAUCACCAUUGAACGCAUCAUGUAUUUCGCACUGUCGCAUCUCGCAGUCCUUGGGGCUAUAUCGCAUGUCACUUCAGCAGUCUCUCUGGAAAAUCGCCAAGCGCAGCAGAAAGUCACCAUCGACCUGACAAAGAGAUACCAGACAAUCGACGGCUUCGGUUUCUCAGGCGCAUUCCAGCGCGCAAACCUCAUCGUCAAUCUUCAGCAGCCCAAACAGCGCGAGGUUCUCGAUAUACUCUUCAACACGACCACCGGUGCUGGCUUCUCAAUCGUGCGCAACGGUAUUGGCUCGACACCCAAUAGCAACAGCGAUUUCAUGAAUACGAUCCUUCCUAAAUGCCCAAGCACACCGGUUGAAGUCACUACUAACUACAGCGGGUACGUCUGGGAUGCUAAGGAUAGCGGACAGUUGUUCCUCAGCCAGAGAGCUCAAGAGUAUGGCGUCAAUACCUUCUACGCGAAUGCAUGGAGUGCGCCUGGAUGCAUGAAGACGAACAACCAAGACACCAACGGCGGCCAGCUCUGUGGUGUCUCUGGUACCAAUUGCCGCUCUGGAGAUUGGAAACAAGCCUACGCGAACUACCUCGUCGCAUACAUCAACUUCUACGCAUCAGCCGGCGUCAAAGUCACACACCUCGGCUUCCUCAACGAGCCCGACUUAUCCACCUCGUACGCCUCAAUGCAAUCAUCCGGUACCCAAGCCGCCGAGUUCAUCAAAGUCCUUCGUCCCACACUCGACCGUGCAAACUUGACUUCCGUAGGCAUAAACUGCUGCGAAGCAACAGGCUGGAACGUCGCAACCCAACACGCUUCGCAAAUCGCAUCUGCCGGCACCGAAAGCCUCGUCUACGCCAUCACCUCACACGAGUACACUUCGCGCAUCAGCGGCACCAUGCGCACCGCCGCUCGCGUCUGGCAAACCGAGUACUCAGACCUGAGCGGCGGUUGGAGCACAGCCUGGUAUUCCAACGGCGGUGCCGGCGAUGGCUUCACCUGGGCGAACACCGUCUUCAACGGUAUCGUUAACUCCAAUCUGUCCGCAUACAUCUUCUGGGAAGGCGUCCAGGACCGCGCUACGAAUAAUAAUAACAACGAGAAGCUUAUUCUGGUUGAUGGCCAGAACUACCAGGUCAGCAAGCGGCUUUGGGCUUUCGCGCAGUUUCGCGUCGUUAGGCCGGGUGCUGUGAGGGUGGGGGCGAGUGGUGGGGCGAAUUCCAAGGCUGGGGCUUUUGUUAAUGGGGAUGGGAGUGUGGCGGUUGUGGUUAUUAAUUCUGCGGCGGGUGCGCAGAGUGUGGGUGUUGCGCUGGCUGGGUAUUCGGAUGUGAGGGCGUGGUAUACGGAUAAUACUCACGACAUGAGUGUUGCGACGGUGACGGUGGGCAGUGAUGGGACUGCGAGCGCAAGUGUGCCAGGUAGAGCGAUGAUCAGUUUUCUGUUCAAGAAGACUGCGAAUGCGACGAUGUCGUAA